AGUACAUCGCCAACAGAACCCAACGCCUCUCCUCCUAGGGCUCCACCAGCCGCCGGCUGUCCCGAAGUGUUCCGCUCUGGCUCUGCUGCCGCCGACGGCCGGAGCAGUUCCCCAAGUCAGGAUCCGACGACUCGGGGGAGCAGAAAGGAAGAAAAUCCAACUGCGCGCACCCUGAACUGGGGGAGAGGACGAGGUGCCCUAUGAGCGCGAUUCACAAUUGUCUGAUGCGUGGAAGAAUCAGCUUCAGAUGGAUCGAGGAGAUGGCCUGAGCUGGGGUGGCACACAGCGCACGGGGAACAGGUACGCAACCCUAGCAACUCCUAGUAGCGAAGGUAGGAGGGCGGAGGUGCGUGGGGGAAGCUCGGCGGAAGCCGAGCGAACAGCAAAGGCGCAAAUGCAGUCCAAGAUCAAACGCAGAAACACACAAGGGAUCACCUACUUCGGCCUCGUAUGGAAGAAAAACAAGAGCGACACGAAUGCUAUCAACGCGGACGAUGUUAUCUUUGGAAGCAAGGAUGGUGUUGGUUCGUCCAUGAAACCAAUCUGCUGUCUCUGUCGCAAGCGAUAUUCCCCAGACUUGAUGUACAUCCGGUGUGAGAGGUGCAGAAAUUGGUUCCAUGGAGAUGCCUUGAGACUUGAGGAGGCAAAGAUUGCUGAAGUCAUAUCCUACAGAUGCUGCAGAUGUCGGAGGAGGGCAAUACCGGGAUGUCCUCAUUCAGAUGAUUAUUAUUAUAAGAGGCCUGAACCAGAACCUGUCAUCCAAGAAAGUGCAGCUAAUAUUCCCUCAAGUGAGGAAGCUAUUGGCGCAGCAGAUGAAAAUACAUCAAGUGCUUCAUUUGGUAUAUUCGAACAAACUGUAGAAGAUAUUCAUGCUGAUUCCUCAGUGCACAUGGAAACCUUUGUGCUGGGAAGUAAUCAAGAGAUGAACUUUGUGGAUGGUUCUUACAAUUCCGCCCAUCCAUUCGAUAAGGUAGAAAUUAAGCAGGCUAUGAAGGACGCUCGGCCAUAUGAUGCAUGCUUUGCAUGGUAUGCUCCUGGUAGUGGUACAUGCCAGCAAUUGGACCCUAUGGAUCCUGUGGAUGAUGCCCCCCUGCCAGUUCCCACAGUGGAGACCAACUUUGAGAAAGACCAAACUGCCGCACUUCACAGAGCUUAUGGUGGUUUUCGGGUUGUUGCUGCGGAGACUGGCUCAUUAUAUGAGCGGAUUAGACAGGGGGAUUAUCUCACUAAUGAUGAGAUCAUGGGGACCUUGGACAAGCUUCAGAAAAUUGCUCUACACCAAAUGAAGGAUAUUGCCAGCCAUGGCGUAGUCUACUCCGAGGUCCCGACACAACCAAUGCACAACGCAAGCACCUCCACCACCCGGCCAUCUGAUCACCAGAGUAGCCUCUAAGACUCCAGCACCAAAUGUGAUUGCUACAGCAUCGUAAUGAACUAUGCUAUCAAAUUGCGUGUGAUCAAGGCAUUGUAAUUUGGACUCCAGCAAGAUUCACCUCAACAAUAUGAUAUUUUUUUCUCGAAGCGGAUCAAUAGUAUGAUUUAAGCUAUUCAUCUGCCUUCUUUUUUAGGUGAUCUCUCAUCGAUGCGGCUUGCUCCUUGGGGUAAUACUUGAAGCAACAAAGCUGGUUUUUGUGAUGAUGCUUGUUAAGGAACAUUUCUUAUACUGACGCUGCAUAACCCAUACUAGCAGCCCAUGCCAAUAUACCCCGUUUCGAGUUCCUGUCACCGAUGACUAAUUAUCUUGGAAGUUCCUGGCUGUACCGUGUUGCUGCUGCAUGUGGCGCUGUCACCACUUACCAGCAUUUAAGGAGUAUAUCUUUUUGUUUCUUGCAAAAAAGUUAAGGAGUUUGUUUUUCUUUUUGAAAAAAUUUAAGGAGUACAUUUUUGGCCUUUAUGACCAUGAUUGCUGCAAGCUGGCAUGCUCUGUGGACCGUUGUCAACUUCUUCAGUUAUAUACAUGUUCUUGGUCGUCUUA